CACAAAGUUUCUGCUUCACUUGGCAAGCUACUGUGGCUCCUCCCUUUCUCUGUUUACAGCCAUUUUCAAGAAAUGAGAAGCCGUGCUCAAAGGGGAGUGGACUGUUCGAUUAAGCUGCUAAAUGUUAGAGCUUCAGGUUUACCACUAAAGCAUAUAGGCUCCUGGAGCACUCCGGUUUGUUUGAGAACAAAAAAGGUGGAGGAGGAGGCGGAGGAACUUACCGGAGAGGAAAGGAGGACAUUGGAAAGAAAACUAAAGAAAGAGCGUAAGAAGGAAGAAAAAAAACUGAUGCGGGAAGCUGGAAUUGCUGCUAAGAAAGAAGAGCCCAAAAAACCAUCAGGAGCUGAGUUGGCACUGGAGUAUUUAACUAGCUGGUCCAAAAAUCCAAAAGAAUGGAAAUUUCAAAAGACCAGGCAGACUUGGCUUCUUUUGCACAUGUAUGAGAAAGAGAAGGUUCCAGAUGAAUAUUUCUCUAUUUUAUUGGACUAUCUGGAGGGGCUUAAAGGCAGCGCGCGAGAUGUAACCAUGCAGAAAGCUGAAGCUCUUAUGAAAGAAUAUGACAAUUCGGAUACAGAAGAUCCAGACCUGUUGGAGAAGUGUGAGCGCAUACGAAAAGUUUUACAGCUAUUAUCAUGAAAGUGUGUAAACCUGGUCAUUAGAUUUCUAGAUUCGCCUGUCUUUAUCAUUGUAUGGAGAACAGGUGAAAUGCAACAAAUAACUUCCAAAAAAAUAUGUAAAUACAUGUUUUUUCAUUAAGAAUUGUAAUUAUGAUAAGAUUUCAUGUUUCCAUUGCUCAUUGUACAGUGUUUUAAAAUCAAUCAUUAAACAGUUUAUAAGGAGACUGUAAUCAAAACGAACCAUAGUGUUUGCCCAUUAUUAAACAUUCUAUUUUGGCUCCAUCAAGUAAUUUUUGCAUGUCUUGGAAAUGAGUGGAAACAUCCGUCUCACUUUAGUUCUUCACGUAUCAACAUGUAAUUACUAUUAACUGAUGAGAGGAGCUUUGUGUCUCUUAAUAAAAGCAAAACAACCAACAGAAAGCCUGGAGGUUCUUUCACAAAGGGUAGUUUUAAAAGCGAAUGUAAAGCACAGUGCUUUAUCAGCCAGCUGUAAUCUGUCACUUUCAGCUUUAGCAGCAUGUCAUUUGGAUUUGGGAAAGACCAUUUUCAGUCUGUCGAACAUGGGUUUAUAACACAUUUACUUAUUAGCAAUUUAAGCAAAGAUCUGGAGAGUGUCGGCUUUGUUCGUUUUCCUCUGGAUAUUGAAAGUUUUUGGGGUGCUUUAUGGCAAUAGCUACGUAUUCAGAAAAUGUAGAGAUGUGAAUAGUCCAAAUCAGAUGUCCAUUGUGAAAUCACCCAAUCAUACCUUUAGUAAGAUGCUAUCCAUAACAGGAAAUGCUGUGUUAGAACAUUUUGUGUUCAGCCUGACAAAUUACAUCUUCAUCUUUCUCUUGUAAUUGUUUUCCAGUUGAGUUAAUCUGUAUUCAGCUGCUUCAACUAGGGAACAUUUGUAUCCUAGGAGAACGCUGAAGACCAGACUUUUAUGCAAAAAACAAGGGCAUUAAUUACUCAAAAGUUUGAGAUCUCACUUUAAUAACAAUACGAAUUGAGUACUUGUUCCUAACCAGCACUCAUGACCUGAUUCUCAAAAGGUUUUGUAAUUACAGCAUUUGGCUGGAUUUUGACAACCUACACAUACAUGAAUUGCUGUAACUUUUGAAAUAUACAGCCAGUUAUAAACGCAGCUUAUACAUAGUGACCUCUUUAAGACAAUUAUUUUGGGAGCCAAAAAUUUUGAGUGAUCUAACAUGUGCUGUUCUAAUAUGGUAACUAUUAUGGAAUUUAACAUAGUGGGUGAGCCAAGAUAUAAGAAAGAGAACAAAACAACAGAGAGUGCCUGUUAAUCCCCAGAGCAGAAACAGUGAGGACACACAUAUUGCUUAUGGACAUUUUCUUACUUACCAGUUGUGCU